UAGCCUAGAGACCGGAUGCAAACUAUCGUUAGAAAAAUAUUGGAAAUAGAACUUUUUCAAAGCAUUAAAUACUGUUAUGGGAAUUUAUAUACAAAAAUUCUCAUAAGGGUAAGAAAUCUCCAUGGAAAUAGAAAAACAUACACAGAACAUUUCAGGUAACCAACGAAACUUCUAAUUUUAGGAAGAAAAACAUCUACAAGACAAUGUCCAAUCCUAGGAAAACAAUAUUAGACCAUCUGUACUGACAAUGAUAUUGUAUACAAAGAUCGCAUUAUUUGAAUUUCAGGCACAGUAAAGAGUACUUAAAAAUAUCUGCGAAGUAUCUACGGUGCCUAGAUGCAGACAGUUGCCUCUGAGCGAAGAUGAAGUUCUCAAAGCGUACAUCCAUCACCUUAAUAUUCCUGGGAGUCCUGCCGGUUAUUCUCCAAGCGUGUGUCAGCACAUUCUCACAAUUUAAAUCGAAAUUGUCUGCUGCAAAGUUUGGGGAAGUAAUCUGCAUCGCAAAUGGAGAGCACAACGAUUGGAUAAUGAUAGUAAAAAAGGAUGGAAUUACAAUCAUGGGUGAAGAAGGAGGGAAGGUAGUCAUGAAAGGGAGAUCACAAAUCAAAAUCUAUGGUUCUCAAGUUAAGGUUGCGAAUUUGACGUUUACAGCACCCUUAAAUGUGGAAGGCAACAGACGUGAUUUUCCACCACCAAUUGUAUUUGACAGACGCGCGAAAGAUUCCGAGGUUUUUGACUGCGUUGUACAGAACCACUGUGCAAACAGAUGGGCACGAGUAAGAGGGGAUCGGACACAAAUUCACCAUUGUCUGUUUAAAGACAAACCUGCACCUGUAAUAGGAAUCCCAUCAGAAAUCAUAUAUGUUGGGGACAAGGAAAUGCAUGGCAUUUCUAUUCACCAUAACAGAUUGGAGAAUUAUGACCCUGAUGCAAAAGUAAUGAAACAUAAACAUGACGGGGCUGAGGGGAUUUAUGUCAAGGUUUCAAGAAACCAAGGUAGAGAAACCAAAGACUUUGCAACAUCAGUUCAUCACAACUACUUUCACAAGAUCGAUGCUGAGCAAGAGACCAUAGGGAUAAAGUCUUCUGGAAAUGAGGUAUAUGAAAAUGCAAUAGAAGAAUGUUUUGGUGGGAUUUCACUCCGCCAUGGAAAAAGAAACAUUGUAACAAGAAACUACAUACAAAUGAGGCAAACUGGUGACCGUGACAACCAUGGCAUCACAGCACAUGACUCUGACCAUCAAAUUGUCAACAACUGGGUGAUGGAAGCUGGAAGAAAAGCUGGUAUACAAGUGACUGGUGGCAAUGGUCCUACAGAUUGCAAUGCAUGUCAUGUCCGAGCAAAAAAUAUUCAAAUCAAAUCAAAUGUGUUAGUGAAUUCUGCAUUAGUAAUUGGAAGAAAAUAUCCAGACAACCCAAAAACAGCAGAUGACUAUUACAGGCCACCAGAAAACAUCAGAGUUGCAGAUCUAAACUCAUCUUGUAGUUAUCCAUUUGCAAUGAUUGGUGGAACUGAAGUCUGCAAAAGCAAAUCAUUUCUUGGAAACCCAACAACAUUUACUGGUGUUAAUGAAUUCAAUGGACCUCAGCUGAUCAACUGUGGUGACCUGACAAACAUGCAACAGCUUUUCAGCUCUAAGCGCAUCAUUUGGAAAAAUGGAGCCAAGGACCUUGGUGAUUAUGGAAAACAAAAGAUAAAGCAAAUCAAAUGUGGGGCAGGACCUUCUUGGUACAAGGGCUGCUAAGAUAUUUACCUUUUUAACAAGUUGAUCGAAUAGAGGAAAUCAACUUUCUAUAUACAUAUAAAUAUAUAUAUCUACAUAAUAAUAAUAAUAAUAGUAUAAUAAUAAAUAAUUCUGUAUCUAGGCUUAAAACCUUUAAACAAGUGAAAAAAGAAAGAAAAAAGAUAUCUCAUUUUUAAUAAAAUGAAUCAAUGUCGGGUUGAGUAUGUCAAAUGUCUAAGAUGAUAUCAACCUUGUUCUUGAAUAUAUAUUUGAUGAUGCAGCCUCUGCAGUGUAUUUUGGAAGGCUGUUCCAGCUGUUCACCAUUCUUGCACUAAAUAAUCACUGUCUUGGGAUAUUUUUGAAACUGUUUUUAUGUCGUUUAAGUGCAUGAAAUCUCUAAAUACAUAAUAUUUCUUUACCGGUUAUUUUUCAGAAUGUUAUUAAAAUUCAUUAUAAUACAGCUUGGUUAAAGAAAAUAUUAAAGUAAAGAUAAAUUUUCAUAAAAAAAAUCAUGACAUCUAUUUCCUAGAAAUUUCUAAAAAAAUUGUUACUGAUGAGAAAGUUGUGAGAUUGUAAAAUUUGACAUUGUCAUUCAUUCAAGGAAAAUCUCAAAUAAAAGUGUUUUAAGUAUAUAUGCAUAGUCUUUAUUAUCAUCUAGCCAGAAACACAACGAAAUGAAUAAAAAAAAAUUUCUUCGUCGUAA